AUGCUCGGCCUCGUGAGGGCAGAACCUUGGCAGGAGCGGCCCCCACUGCAUCCUGGGUCCCUCCACCCGGUCCUGGGCCACCCACCGCCAGCAGUCUCCCCUCAGGCCCUCAGCCCAGAAUUCACCAGAAACCCUGCGAUCCUGCGGCCUCUCUGCCAGGCAGGCCGCCUGCUCCGAGGCUCCCCCUCCUGGCCCCGGCCGGCACUGCACCACGUGCACGCGCUGCUCAGUCACACCACCAGGCUUUAUUCACAGGGACAUUCUGGAACUCUCCAGGACCCACACGAGGCCCAGCGCCCCAGUGCCCCAGCGCCCCAGCGCCCGGCCUCGGAGCGCUAG